AUGAGUCGUUCGCCGCAGCAUCGCCGGGUGCAUCACCUAAACCCGGUGCGAACGAAGUUGCUCGCAGACAUACGGUCAGUCAACCGAAAUGCUCCCCUAUCGUCUGGACCAUCCGGGAUUAUGUCCAUGAUCAAUCGGAAAGCCAACCCGGAGUACAACCGGAAGCGAAUAUGGCAAGAGUUGAACAUGCCAACCGAGUGCGAUUUCCUCGGACCGAAUGUGUUCACCCUACCGGAGAGGCUGUUGAAACAUAGCUCGAAGCUGCGCCCGUCGCCGUUGUCCAAGCCGAGGACGGAAAGGGGCUCACAGAAAAAGAAAAUAAGAUCGUACACUGCGCUGCGAAAAGAUCGCGAAGAGUUCCGAAAGCGACUAAUCAAGCUAAUCGUACGGAAGGAUCACGAAAAAGACGACGAAGCGAACACGUUUCCGAACGUGGAGGAGCGGGAACUGCUGCGGUACUACCACUACAUUAGACAUGGUAUUGAUACAGUGCACGUGGCACCGAUCGACAAGCGCGUUCUUCAACGCAUUUUGAAACUCAUUCCAAAGCAUCUGGUCAAGUACAAAGAUGCCCUGCGUGGUAUAUUCGACGAGAUCAAAGAUGAUUACUCCUUUGCCGUCAAGAAGGCAGUGGUUGACUUUGUCCUCGGAGAUGCCAUGACCAAGUUCAUGAAGAAAGAAGACAUCACAGCAUCGCGAUUGGAGAUUAAGGAUUUGAAGUUAAAGUGGAAGCACCGGUACGACGAGAACCGGGUCAAGAUCAAGAGAAAUCUAUUCUCGAUCAAUGCCUGCUCGGAGCAGGUCUUGGAACUUUGGGACAGUACGUUCAAAAACUUGCUGCUGGUGGAUGUUAAGCAGCUGAUCGAAAAGGGUCAAGCUUAUGACCUUACGGAGUUUACGUCUACAGUAAACCAACAAAUCGAGGAAGCAAAGAUUACGUUGAACGAGAAAUGGUACGGAGCAAUCAAAGGCAUUUUUAACAAAGGUGUCAAGAAGAAGCUGAUCCCAGAUGAGACAACCAAACCGAAGAUGCUGAAGAAAUUCUUCAACUCGUUAGCUACACUCAUGACUCGCCAGUUGCAGAACUUGUGCGUCAAUAGCGUUAUGAUUUACACAAACUAUAUCUGUGAUGUCGGGAAAACAAAUCAAGGUUUUCGAUUAACAAUUCUAUUAGAGAACCAGGAUACGCUUUCGUUCAUUCCAAGUUUCGCAAGAUUUCAAAUCGAAAUCAUCAAGGUUAUCGACAACAUCGUUAAAGCUGUCAAGAGUUUCAAACGCAUUGAGAGACAGCUGAGACCGAAUUUUCCUUGCCCAGAUCCCAUGCUGAAGCCUGAGAUAUCUGGUGACGUAAUAUCCGAGUGCAAGCUGCGAAUCUAUGAUGUUCUAGAGGAGCAACGAAUCGGCCCGGAACUUCGGAUGCAAGACUUUGACCAGUACAUGACAUUGAUGAAUGGUACCGACAUAGACGAAAUCGAACACUUCAUGGAGAAGCGUCCGAAUUUUGAACAGUACUGCACGUACAUCCAGCACUACAAGCAAAUGGAAAAUAACGUGGCUAAGGAAAUCUACGGCGUAAUAUCGAUGGGUUUCUACGAGUUUCAUCGGGAGGGACUAAUCGAUACGCUGGAAGGUCUGGCUAAGUUUAUGCAGCAGGAGCUGAUCUCGAAGAUGACAGCUGAUCAGCAGAGUGCUGCCUUCCAACUAGCAAACGAUUACGAAGUGAUCGCUACGAAGGUACUGACCAUUCCGAAAGACACCGCCGAAUUAAUGUCGUUGAAAGCCUAUGCUAUCAAGAUGGAAGAAACAACCAUUCCGGAGAUGGAAGAGAGGCUGAAAACCAAUCUAAGCCAUCUGUUGUAUUUAACGGACUACACCAUCUUCACUCCGUUAGAGAUAAAACAGAAUAACAAUACAUUCCAGUGGUACAUGAAGAUGUCAACGAUCUUCCAGGACCAUAAGAACAUAAUCGCAGAAAAGGUGGUAGAAUACCAAGAUUCCUUGCGACGGAGAAUCGAAAAUUUCCGCCGAGACUUGGAGAUCUACUGGGGUCAGGUAAAGGAGUAUGACUCCUGGGGAGAAAUUAAGAACCUUCAAAAGUAUAAAAGGAAGGCUACUGCUCUCGACAAUAAACUGGUCACCGCGAUGGAGAAGAUCGACUUGAUCAACGAGGAAGAAAUUGCCUACGGAUGGGAACUGUCUCAGUAUCCACUUCGCAAGCAGUGUCAUGACAAACUGACUCCGUACAAGAAGUUGUACGAUGCGGGACAGGAAUUCAUGGAUAAGCAUGAAUUGUGGAUGCACUCCCAGGUCGGUUUGCAUGACCCUGAACAGGUGGAUGAGACAGUCAGUACGCUGUAUCGGACGGUUUACAAGCUUGAAAAGCAGUUUGCCGAUUCGUAUCAGACACAGAGAUUGGCGCACGAUAUUAAGAUUCGCAUCGAUCAGUUCAAAACGCAUCUACCAAUAGUUCAAACCCUAGGUAAUCCCGGUAUGAAGGAGCGUCACUGGGAACAGGUCUCGGAAAUUAUUGGAUUUCCCAUCAGAAUUGCUCCGGAUCUCACGCUGGAGAAAGUCAUCGACUACGGCUUGGAUGACUAUAUCCAAAGGUUCGAGACCAUUUCCGAGAGCGCAACCAAGGAGAACAACUUGGAGAAGGCAAUGAUCAAAAUGGUCAACGAGUGGAGCGAUAUGGCAUUCGUCGUGAUGCCGUACAGAGAUACGGGAACGUACAUCCUGUCGGCGAUUGACGACAUUCAGGUAUUACUCGACGAUCACAUCAUCAAAACGCAAACGAUGAAGAGUUCUUUGUACAUUAAACCUUUUGAAGCGGAUAUUUUGGCAUGGGAAAAGAAACUAACGCUAUUGCAGGAUAUCCUAGACGAUUGGCUUAAGGUACAGGCGACGUGGAUGUAUCUGGAGCCGAUAUUCUCCAGCCCGGACAUCCAAUCGCAAAUGCCUGAAGAGGGUCGUCGCUUCAGUGCGGUGGAUAAGAUCUGGAAGGAUCUGAUGAAGAACGUGUUCGCCGACACGAAAGUCCUAGCGGUCCUUGAAAUAGACAAAAUGUCGGAGAAAUUGAAGAAGUCGUACAGCCUUCUGGAGAUCAUUCAGAAGGGUCUCAACGAGUAUCUGGAGAAGAAACGUCUCUACUUCCCACGGUUCUUCUUCCUCUCCAACGACGAACUGCUGGAGAUCCUGUCGGAAACGAAGAAUCCUACCCGUGUGCAACCACAUCUGAAGAAGUGCUUCGAAGGAAUCGCCACGCUGCACUUCACUGAAUCGCUUGAUAUUACCAUGAUGCGAUCGAGUGAAGGCGAAGAGGUUCAUCUGGUCGACGAGGUGUCGACCAGCAAGGCCAAGGGACAGGUGGAGAAAUGGCUUCUGGAUCUGGAAACAUCGAUGAAGAAGAGCGUUCACAUCAAGAUUGACGAAUCCUACGAAUCCUACACUAAGACAGUGCGCCAUGAAUGGGUCUUAAUGUGGCCAGGACAAUGCGUACAAAGUAUUUCGUGUGCCUUCUGGACGCUAGAGGUCACUCUGUGUUUUGACAGUGCCGAUCCGUUAGAAGCCCUUGAAGAAUACAAGGAAACCUGCAAGACUCAAAUAUCACACAUCGUAGAUUUGGUGAGAGGAAAGCUAGCCCUCCAGAACCGAAUUACAUUGGGAGCAUUGAUCGUGCUAGAUGUACAUGCUCGAGAUGUUCUGACGGAACUCAUUGAAAAACAAACCACCAAAUCGGACGAUUUCAAUUGGCUAGCUCAGUUUAGAUACUACAUGGAAGAGAAGAACCUAUCAACCAGGAUGAUCAAUUCAACCCUUAUGUAUGGCUACGAAUACCUGGGUAACACUUCACGAUUGGUGAUCACUCCCUUGACUGAUCGGUGUUUCCGAACCUUAUUCGGUGCGCUGCAUCUACACCUGGGUGGAGCUCCCGAAGGGCCCGCAGGAACUGGAAAAACCGAAACCACGAAAGAUUUGGCAAAAGCAGUCGCCAAGCAGUGCGUCGUGUUCAAUUGUUCCGAUGGGUUGGACUAUAUCGCAUUGGGCAAGUUCUUCAAAGGACUGGCAUCCUGCGGUGCGUGGUCCUGCUUCGACGAGUUCAAUCGUAUCGAUCUGGAAGUGCUGUCUGUCGUAGCUCAACAGAUCCUGACCAUACAGCGAGGCAUCAAUUCAGGCUCACCGACGCUGGUGUUUGAAGGAACCACUUUGACUUUGGAUCCGACAUGUGCCGUUUUCAUUACCAUGAAUCCUGGCUAUGCGGGACGGUCAGAUCUUCCCGAUAACCUUAAAGCAUUGUUCCGCUCCGUGGCCAUGAUGGUACCGGACUAUGCACUGAUCUCCGAGAUUGAACUUUACUCGUACGGUUUUCUGAAUGCAAAACCACUGGCCAUCAAAAUCGUUGCAACGUACCGUCUGUGUUCUGAACAGUUGAGUUCUCAACCGCACUAUGACUACGGAAUGCGGGCGGUCAAGUCGGUACUGAAGGCGGCUGGUGCGUUGAAACUGAGGUAUCCCGAUGAACUAGAGGAUAUUCUGGUGCUGAGAUCGAUCAAGGAUGUCAACUUGGCCAAAUUUUUGAACCAGGACGUUCCAUUGUUCCAGGGAAUAAUAUCGGAUUUGUUCCCUGGAGUGGUUCUGCCGGAACCGGACUAUGUGGUGUUCAACACAGCCGUACAAAAGGCUUGCGAGCACAACAACAUGCAGUGUACUCCGUUCUUCCUCGAAAAAGUGCAGCAACUGUACGAAAUGAUUAUCGUGCGGCAUGGUUUGAUGCUGGUUGGACCUCCCUUUGGGGGAAAGACUACAGCUUACCGGAUGCUAGCCGAAGCCCUGGGCUAUAUUGAGGAACAGGGUGAAAUGGGUGAACACAAAGCUCAAUACACUGUAAUUAAUCCGAAGGCGAUCACGAUGGGGCAGCUGUACGGUCAAUUUGAUCCCGUUUCACAUGAAUGGAGCGAUGGAAUAUUGGCGGUCAGUUACCGACAGUUCGCCGUCAGUACGACUCCCGAUAGAAAGUGGUUGAUAUUUGAUGGGCCAGUAGAUGCAAUUUGGAUCGAGAAUAUGAACACCGUACUGGACGACAACAAGAAGCUGUGCCUGAUGUCCGGAGAGAUUAUCCAGCUAGCACCGACGACGAAUUUGAUAUUUGAAGUAAUGGACCUAGAUGCCGCCUCACCGGCUACCGUAUCACGAUGUGGAAUGAUCUACCUGGAACCAAGCACACUAGGAUGGGAACCUCUUCUGGAAUCAUGGAAAAACACUCUGCCACCAUCGCUUCACUCGGUCAACAAACAAGUAAUAACGCAGAUGUUCAUACGAUUUUGUCCCAUUCUCCUGUGGUUCGUUCGCAAGGGUGGGGUUAGAGAGAUGAUGCCAACUUCCGACUCGAACCUGGUGAAGUCGGUGAUGAAUCUUUUUGACUGUUUCAUGGAUGACUAUCGAAACGAGACCUACAUGAAAGCGGUGUCCGAAGUGGACGUACGAGCGCAGCUAGAAGGUGUGUUCUUCUUUUCCUGCAUUUGGGCUGUCGGAGGACCGCUAGAGACGGAGAGUCGAGCGAAAUUCAGCGAACUGUUCCGUGCAUUGACGGAAAAGGUGUUUCCACCGGAGAUUAAUGACAAGUUCAAAAUUCCAACAAGCCUUCAGGUACCGAACCUGACAAAACCAUUCAUUUUCCAAAUCCCGAAAGGCGGUACCGUAUUCGACUACCACUUUACAAAGGAAGGCAAAGGUAAAUGGCGUCCUUGGGCCGAAGAGAUUGGACAGACCAUAAAUAUCCAGCGUGAUAUGCCUGUAAAUCAGAUAAUAGUUCCAACUGUGGAAACCAUUAGAAUUACAGCUCUGCUUGAGCUGCUCAUUCAGCAUGGAAAGUAUCUGCUGCUGGUAGGCCCUACUGGAACGGGUAAAAGCGUCUACACGAUUGACUUUUUGCUGAAACGAAACGAUACCAACUUAUACAAACCAUUGCUGAUCAACUUCUCGGCACAGACUUCGGCCAAUCAAGUUCAGGACAUUAUAAUGUCAAAGCUGGACAAGCGACGCAAAGGUGUCUACGGUCCUCCCCUGGGGAAGAAAUGCGUCGUGUUCAUCGAUGACGUUUCUAUGCCCCUCAAGGAGACUUAUGGGGCACAGCCGCCGAUUGAGAUUGUUCGGAUGUUCCUCGAUCAUUCGAUAUGGUACGAUCGGAAAGAAGUUGUUCCAAUGAAGCUAGUCGAUCUACAGCUGAUGUGCGCUAUGGGACCGCCCAGUACAGGAAAUACAGUAACACCAAGAUUCUCAAGACAUUUCAAUACGAUCGCUCUGGAUGAGUUUGAUGAUGCAACGCUGACGGGGAUUUUCAGCAAGAUCGUUCUUUGGCAUUUGGAUACGCGAGGAUUUUCAAAAGAAUUCGAUCCUUGUAUUGACGAAAUUGUACUGUCAACGUUGCAGAUUUACAGAGAGGCACGGAGGAAGCUGCUGCCAACACCGGCCAAAUGUCACUACCUUUUCAACCUGAGAGACUUCUCCCGAGUGAUUCAGGGAGUUCUGUUAUCGGUCCCAGAGGGUACGGAGAGUCUCAACUCAAUACGAAGAAUGUGGGCUCAUGAGAUCAUUCGCGUGUACGGCGAUAGGCUGGUCGAUGAUACCGAUCGUGAAUGGUUGUUCAACGAGCUAUGCACGGUCAUCGACAAGUACAUGCAUGAAGAUCCAAAGGAUCUUUUCGAUAGAUUUGUCGAGGGCGGUCAGCUAAAGGAAUCCAAUCUUCGGGGAUUGAUGUUCUGUGACUUUACGAAUCCAAAGGCCGAUACCAAGCUGUACCUGGAGGUGCAAGACAUGGAAGAUCUUGGCUUUGUGGUGGAGUCAUAUAUUGUUGAGUACAACAACAUGUCCAAGAAACCGAUGACACUGGUGUUGUUCCGGUUUGCCAUCGAACAUUUGUCGAGAAUUUGUAGAAUCAUCAAACAACCACGAAGCCAUGCGCUGCUGGUGGGAGUUGGAGGUUCUGGUAGGCAAUCGUUGGCCAGAAUUGCUUCCCACAUUUGUUCAUACGAGUUGUACCAGGUGGAAAUAUCACGGCAAUACGGAAUGACAGAAUGGCGCGAAGAUAUGAAGAACCUUCUGAAGAAGGUUGUAUCAUCGGAUCAACACAUUUGUUUCCUCUUUACGGAUACUCAAAUCAAGGAAGAAUCUUUUCUGGAAGAUAUCAAUAAUUUGCUUAACUCGGGUGAAAUUCCCAAUCUUUUCACGAACGAAGAAAAGUCAGAAAUCAUAGAAAAAAUGAGACAGCUAGAUCGACAAAAAGAGAAGUCACAGCAAACUGACGGAAGUCCUGUCGCACUGUUCAAUCUGUUUGUAACGAUUGUUCGCGAUCAGCUGCACAUCGUGCUGUCGAUGUCUCCCAUUGGAGAUUAUUUCCGUAAUCGCGUGAGAAAGUUUCCAUCGAUUGUUAACUGCUGUACCAUUGAUUGGUUCCAACCAUGGCCAAAAGAUGCCUUGGUGGCCGUUGCCACCAAAUUCCUGUCUACCGUCGAGAUGCCAGAUAAAGAGCGCAACGUAUGCAUUGACAUGUGCAUGGAGUUCCACACGUCUACCCAGGAGCUAUCCGAUGAAUUUAUGCUACGGUUGAGUCGACAUAACUACGUGACCCCUACCUCCUAUCUAGAGCUAAUCCAUACCUUCAAGACGUUGCUGGAUAAAAAGAGAACGGACGUCCUAACCGGCAAGAAUCGUUACUUGACAGGGCUUAAACAGCUGGAGAUUGCAGCCCAACAGGUCGGGGUGAUGCAAGAACAGCUGGAGGCUGUACAGCCGCAGCUGAAGAUUGCUGCCGAGACAGUGGCCCACCAGAUGGCCAAGGUCCAAGCAGACAGUGAGGUUGCGGCCGUACAGAAGGAACUGGUCAAGAAGGACGAAGCUGUCGCGCAGGAAAAGGCAGCCGCUGCCAAUGAGAUCAAAGAGGAUUGUGACGCGAAAUUGGCAGAUGCGAUGCCAAUCUUGAACACGGCUCUUGAGGCGCUGAACACGUUAACACCGGCUGACAUAACGAUCGUGAAAACGAUGAAAAGUCCACCGAUCGGAGUGAAGAUCGUGAUGGAGGCGGUGUGUAUCCUGAAGGACUUGAAGCCGGAUCGUGUUCAGGCCCCGUCUGGAGUGGGUAUGGUGGAGGAUUACUGGGGUCCAGCGAAGAAGCUUCUGGGUGAUAUGAAGUUUAUGGAUGGGCUGUUGAACUACGAAAGGGACGACAUUCCUCCGAGGGUGAUUCAGAAGCUGGAGGAGCGUAUUCUGAACAAUGAAAACUUCGAUCCCGACAAGGUUAAGACGGCCUCCAUGGCUUGUGAAGGUUUAUGCAAGUGGGUGAUUGCGAUCGCUAAAUACGAUAAGGUUGCGAAGGAAAUUGCUCCGAAGAAGUUGGCACUGAAGGAAGCUGAUGAAAAGAGCAAAGAAGCCAUGAAUGAACUGAACCAGAAGUUGGAACAGUUGGCGAUUGUGGAGGAAAACUUGGUCGAACUACAGAGAAAGCUAGACGAACAGAUCCAACAGCAUUCCAAGCUGCAAGCAAACGUGGAACUGUGCAUGAAGAAGUUGGAACGGGCAACGGAAAUCAUAACCGGCCUAGGAGGUGAAAAGGAUCGCUGGGAACUAGCUGCGACUAACCUGGCACGGGUUUACGAUAACUUGACGGGUGAUGUGCUAAUCGCAUCAGGAGUUGUUGCCUAUCUUGGUCCAUUUACCAUCCAGUUCCGAGCCCAGCAGAUUAAGCGUUGGAUAGUUAGUUGCCUUGACAAGGGUAUUGUGUGUUCGCAAGAUUUCCAACUAGCAAAUGUUUUGGGAAAUCCGGUGGAUAUUCGAGCUUGGAACAUCUUUGGGCUGCCAAGCGAUGCGUUCUCUGUGGAGAGUGCCAUCAUCAUUCACAAUGCUCGUCGUUGGCCGUUGAUGAUCGAUCCCCAAGGUCAGGCCAAUAAGUGGGUCCGUAAUAUGGAAAAAGCCAACCGGAUUUGUAUAAUUCGGUUCAAUCAGCCCGAUUAUACGAGGGUGCUGGAAAACGCUAUCCAAUUUGGGCUACCUGUGCUGUUGGAGAACGUCGGAGAAGAGAUUGAACCUCUGCUGGAGCCCAUAUUGCUCAAGCAGGUCUUCCGGCAAGGUGGAACAAUGUGUAUCAAGUUGGGAGAUUCCAUAAUUGAAUAUAAUGACUCGUUCAAAUUCUAUAUAACGACGAAGUUGCGUAACCCCCAUUACCUACCCGAGAUCGCCGUCAAGGUCACUUUGUUGAACUUUAUGAUCACCAAAACGGGAUUGCAAGAUCAGCUUCUGUCGAUAACGGUUGCCCGAGAACGACCCGAUCUGGAAACAGAAAAGAACGCCCUGAUUGUACAAGGCGCCGAAAAUAAGCGCCAACUGCAGGAGAUAGAAGACAAAAUCCUGCAAGUGCUCAGCUCCGAAGGCAAUAUUCUCGAGGAUGAAACGGCUGUGUCGGUCCUAAGUUCUUCAAAGACGCUAGCCAACGAAAUCAACGAAAAACAGAUCAUUGCCGAAACGACUGAACGUCAGAUCGAUAUCGCCCGGUUGCAGUAUACGUCGAUCGCCGCUCACUCGACGAUCCUGUUCUUCACAAUUGCAGACCUGGCGAACAUCGAUCCGAUGUAUCAGUACAGUCUGAAUUGGUUCGUCAAUUUGUUCACGGCAGCGAUCGAUAACACCGAAAAGGUAGACGAAGUCCCGGCCCGGUUAGAGGAUCUUAGGACCUACUUCACCUACAGUCUGUAUGAGAAUAUCUGCAGGAGCCUGUUUGAGAAGGAUAAGAUUUUGUUUUCACUACUGCUCACUACGAACCUGCAGUUUGAGGAGGGCAAGGUCGAUCGGACAGAAUUUAUGUUCUUGCUAACCGGCGGCGUAGGAUUGGACAAUCCCGACGCCAAUCCAACUGAAUGGCUUCCCUCGAAAUCCUGGGAUGAGAUAUGCCGACUCACUACGUACGUAGCGUUCACAGGCCUUAAGGAACAUGUCGUUGGAAAUCUGAGACGAUGGAAGGCAUUGUUCGAUGACGAUACUCCUCAGAGUGCCGAACUUCCCGAACCAUGGAAGUCGAACUUGACCUCUUUCCAAAAGUUGCUUCUUUUAAGAUGCUUCCGUUCGGAUAAACUGGUACCGGGUAUUGAAAUUUACGUUGAAGGUGUCAUGACCAGCAAAUACGUUGAACCACCGCCGUUCAACCUAUCCGCUUCGUACGAUGAGUCCAACUGCUGUGUACCGUUGAUCUUUGUGCUUACUCCGGGAGCUGAUCCAACAGUGACUCUGCUUCGUUUUGCUGACACCCAAGGUAUCGGAUCGAAUCGCCUGUACUCCCUAUCGCUAGGUCAAGGCCAAGGUCCCAUUGCGACCAAGAUGAUCGACGAGGGAACCAAGUUCGGUAAUUGGGUGCUACUGCAAAAUUGUCAUCUGGCGCAAAGCUGGAUGCCAACGUUGGAACGAAUCUGCGAAAGCUUCCAGCCCGAUACGACCCAUCCCGAUUUCCGACUGUGGUUGACAUCCUACCCAACGGAACAUUUCCCGGUGGUCGUUUUGCAGAAUGGAAUCAAAAUUACCAACGAACCGCCGAAGGGGCUUCGGAUGAACAUUGUCCGAUCGUACAUGAGCGAUCCCAUCUCCAAUGUAGAAUGGUUCGAAGCGUGCAAACAGUCAGCCAGUUUUAAGAAGCUGCUCUUUAGCUUAUGCUUCUUCCACGGAAUCGUUCAAGAGCGACGCCAAUUUGGCCCGAUUGGAUGGAACAUACCAUACGAGUUCAACGAAACCGAUCUCAGUAUUAGUCUAACGCAGUUGCGAAUGUUCUUGGACGAGUACGAAGAGGUCCAGUACGUAGCGCUGCGCUAUCUGACUGGAGAGUGUAACUACGGCGGACGAGUCACGGAUGAUUGGGAUCGCCGAUGUUUGAUUACACUAUUGGAAAAGUUUUACCACAAGGAUGUUCUGGAGGUGGACGGUCACGUGCUGGAUGAACAGGGAUUAUACCAGAUUCCCGAUUUGAAGGAGCACGAAGAGUUUAUGACGUAUAUUAGGGAACUACCUGUGAUCGCCAAGCCGGGCGUGUUUGGCUUACACGAGAACGCCGAUAUAAUCAAAGACCAGAAAGAGACGGAUUCGCUCUUGACGAAUACGCUGAAUACUCAGACCACUUCAACUGGAGUUUUCCGUGAAACUCCCGCUGAAAUAGUCAUCCGCGUGUCGACCGACAUCCUCAGGCGUCUACCGAAGGAAUUCGAUCGGGAUGCUACACUGGAGAAAUAUCCAACCAGUUACCAUCAGAGCAUGAAUACAGUUCUGGUACAAGAGAUGGUCCGGUUUAACCAGUUACUCGCCUGUAUUCGUACCAGCUUGACAACUGCUAGCAAAGCGAUGCAAGGACUGGUGGUCAUGUCUCCGGACAUUGAAGAAGUCGUCGCUUCAGUGCUGGCAGGACGCAUUCCGGCACUUUGGGCCAAGCGAUCCUAUCCGAGCUUGAAGUCAUUGGGAAGCUACAUCAUGGAUUUUCUAGCUAGGCUGCAAUUUUUGCAGAGAUGGUACGACAACGGACCUCCCGUGGACUUUUGGCUAUCGGGUUUCUUUUUCACUCAAGCUUUCCUGACGGGAGCUCAGCAGAAUUUUGCCCGGAAGUACGUAAUUCCAAUUGACCUGCUGGUCUUUGACAAUACGAUUCUUACGGAGACAAAGUUCGACGAUCAACCGGAAGAUGGAGUGUACGUGUACGGAUUGUUUCUGGAAGGUGCACGGUGGGAUAAGAAGAAGGGCUAUCUGCAGGAAUCCUUCCCUAGAGUUUUAUUCGAUACGAUGCCGCAUCUCUGGAUGUUACCUCUGAAGCAGGACGACCUUGUUCUACGACACACCUACAACUGCCCGGUGUACAAAACUGCAGAACGUCGGGGUAUUCUGUCGACCACAGGACACAGUACCAACUUUGUGAUUGCACUCAACCUGGACUGCGAUCCAUCGUCCGAACCCGAACACUGGAUCCGACGGGGAACUGCAUUACUAUGUCAACUGAGUAAUUAAU